GUCAAUAUCUGCUGAGUAUGAGGGAACUGUUGACCUGAAGGGAAUCGAUGUGUAUCGGUACAUGUUGCCUCCUGAAGCUCUGGCCUCUCCAGUGGAGAACCCAGAUAACCAGUGCUACUGUACAGACCCUGUGCUCACCAGAAACUGCACUACGGCAGGACUUCUUGACCUCACCGCCUGUAAAGGAACCCCAGUAUUACUCUCUCUACCCCACUUCCUCUAUGGCAGCAAUGAUCUCCAUCAAGGUGUGAUCGGACUGAACCCAAACUUUGAUGAGCACUCCAUAUUUCUGGAUGUAGAACCGAUUACAGGUUUCACUCUGAGAUUUGCAAAAAGACUUCAGGUCAACAUGCUGUACGGCCCAUCGGAUAGUAUUGUAAUUUUGAACAAAAUCAAGGACUACACAGUUUUCCCUAUUUUAUGGGUAAACGAG